GAAUGUACCUAAUCUGAAAUAGCUGCACUGCGCAUGUUAUGUCUGCUGAGCAUUUUCGCUCGAUAAGAGCCGAUUUGUUUCUUGGCUUUUGAACCACGAAUUUUAUAAGUUGAUUGCGUGUAACAUUGACAAGUUUGUAUUUUAUUAAAAAGACAAGAUGUCGAGCAGUAAAUGUGUUAAACAACCUCGCAAAAACUAUGUAAAAGAACAGCAGGAAAUGACCCAUUCGGAAAAACUACGGUUGAUAGAUGAUGAGUUGAACGCGUUUUACAAGUAUUGUCAACAGGCAGGUUUUACAGAGGAGGAAAUGGAUAUUAUUUGUCAACCAUUAGUAGCUGCAAUGCGGCGUUCUUGGUUGCAACUUGUCUUCCGUGGUACAAUUGUCUUGAUAGUUCUUGGCACAUUGGCUUGUUUAGCGGCACAACUUGAUUUUGUUGGAACACAUUUUACUGCAAUCAGUCGUCUUUUAUUGAUUAAAGUCUUGCCAAUUUGGAACUGGCAACCUUUAUAUUAUGAAAACUGUAUGAUCAACAAUCCCUUCUAUAAUGAUUAUAUGAUAACAGAAGAAGAUUGCGUGACCUGUGAAGCUUUGGAAACCAUCGAUCGUUUGUCAGAUGUGAGAUACCGUAAUCUUGUUGAUAACUAUUUAAGUCGUGAUGCACCUGCAAUCAUUACUGAUGCAAUGGAUUCUUGGGCAGUCAUGAACACAGACUAUUUCUGGUUUGAUAAUAUUACUCAUCUUUAUUUGGAGAACGAACGAUUAAUGGAAACCGUACCAUGCGCUUUGACCUCAAAUUUGAGAACCGGUUCAUCCGAUUUGGCAGCAUUUUUACGUCGGGUGCAUUCUCCAGAAGUAGCUAAGUGGUUUGUGCAUUGGCAAAAUUGCGAGAUCAAUGCGGUAAAGGUGUUGCGGAAAUAUUAUCAGCGUCCGUACUUCCUUUCGAGUACAGUCUCGCCAGCACAUUUCAACUGGGUGCUCAUGUCUUCGGAUUAUAAUAGUCCAAGUUAUAAAAAGGUAGAACUAGACACUGGUCUCAUUGCUCUGGCUCAGUUGAGAGGAGCUACGCAACUUCGUUUGACUCCUAUAAAUCCUUGCAAUAGUUCUUGUCCUGAGUUAAUAGCAGAUCUGCAUCAAGGCGAAAUGCUGGUAUUUACCAAUUUGAUGUGGACUCUGGAGUAUGCGCCAAUGAGAGGAUUGGACAAUAUUGCUAUCUUAACUGAGACUGUCUGGGAAGAGGAAACAUAGAUGUCCAAUCGUUUGUUUUUCCUUCUUUACAUUUCGCUAGUCCUUGAUAUUAAAGAACUGUGUAUAGCGUCAAUAUGCGUAUACUUAUAUACACUCAUUCUAUAGCGUUAUACUACAUAUUGAAUAAAGUACAAUUUACUCGUCA